AUUUUUCAACAUUAUUGAGGGUUUUCUUUUCCCCUUUUUCAAAACCUAUGGUGUUUUUCAUCUUUUCUUUUUUCUGUGUUUAUCUUAAUUCUGGACUCUCCCAGUUGUUUCUUCUCCUUAGAUUCGAUUUCUGCUCUUUCUUUGUCUUUUCUUUGAUUUCUCACUAAAGCUUGUAGUGAAAUGUAAGGUAAUGGGUGUAAUUAAGCUUUACGUUUUUGGGGUUUUGUUGUCUUCUUCUCUUUUUACUGUGAUUGUUGGAGUAAUUUGGACAUUUCAGCUCCGAUUCUUACUUUGCUAGGUAAAUGAAUACUGGGGUUCAUUGUUCUUUUUUUUUUUUUUAUGGAUUUUUGGGUAAACUGUCAAAAUCUUUGUGGUUAUUAUAAGCCUAGUUUUGUUUCUUCUUCGUUAGUUUUUUCUGGGUUCGAUCAUCGAUUUUUCUAGGCUUUGAAAGCAAGAAGACGAGGGUUUCGAGGUGGGUUUCUUCUUCUUUUCAUUCAAAUCAGUGGUUUAUCGAGCUGUUUUUGAUGUUUAAGAAGUGGGUUUUAUGGAAUUUUUAUGAACCUGUUUAUUUUUUGAAUUCAGAUUCUCAUAAACGAAAACCCCUUUUGAACUUUGCUUCAUUAAAACUGAAAUCCUUUCACUUUGAUUGAAUCCAAUUUGGGGUUUUAUGGUCUUUUGUUUUUGGAAACCGACAAUACCUAACACAUCCUUUUACUUCUUUCGUAUAUCUAUAUAUUCAAGAUAGGUUCUAUUUUUGGACUUCUUUUCUCUUCUUUCCUUAAAUGAUUCCACCCCAUCUGCUUAAGUAGCAGAAACAAUCUUAUGCUAAGUUAUGAUUUGCUGUAAAAAAUGAGUGUAGAAUUGUGAGAAUCUGAAAUGGAACGGGAUAAACUUUGGUGGGCCUCAAGUGUUAAAAAAGCUUUGUGACAUGUUUGGCUUUGGUCAGCUGCUCACAAGAGUCGAGUUCUUGUGCUGUGGAGCAAAUCAACACUGAGAAUCCUCUUCUACUUUACAGGUUUUUGCUACUUUUUCUCUAGACUGCUCUCUGGUUUCAACUUGCUCCAAGCUUUCUCUUUGUGUUUUCGUCUUCGUCUUCCCGAAUUUGAAGUAAAUUGCGGGAUCUGAAGCCUUAUCUGCUUCCCCAAUCUGAAUCUUUGUUAUCGGUUGCAUCUACGUGAGAUAGAACAAAGUCCCAAUUCCAUAAAUCAGUUCUGGAAACUCAGUCUUCUCUUAGAUUUAGGAAACAGAAAAUUUAAUUGUUAGAAACCUCAAUUUUGGAACACUAGCGUACAGUUGGGUGAAGCUGGUUCUUUUCUUCUUCUUCUGGUGGCUAAUUCUGCUCAGCAGACUUAAACAAGGUCAGAUGACUGUUGAUGAAGCAGGAAGUAGCUCCUUGUGGAGUUUAGAACAGGACAAGGCAUUUGAGAAUGCACUUGCAAGUCAUCCCGAGGAUGAUUCGGAUCGGUGGGAGAAAAUUGCAGUCGAUGUACCAGGGAAAACCAUAGAAGAGAUUAAACAUCACUAUGAGCUCUUAGUUGAGGAUGUUAAUCUAAUUGAAUCGGGUUGUGUGCCUCUCCCUUCCUAUAGUUCUUCUUCAGAUGGUUCAGCCAACCAUGCUGGUGAUGAAGGAACAACUAAGAAGAAUGGUCAUUUUGGGAACUGUAAUGGUGAUUCAAAUCAUGGAAGUAAGACUUCAAGGUCAGAUCAAGAACGCCGUAAAGGGAUUGCUUGGACAGAGGAUGAACACAGAUUAUUUCUACUUGGUCUUGAUAAAUAUGGGAAAGGAGACUGGCGGAGUAUAUCCCGAAACUUUGUUGUGACGAGAACACCUACUCAAGUGGCAAGCCAUGCACAAAAAUACUUCAUCCGUUUGAACUCAAUGAACAAAGAAAGGAGGCGGUCCAGCAUCCACGAUAUCACCAGCGUUGCAAAUGGAGAUAUCUCAGCGGCUCAAGGGCCAAUCACGGGUCAAGCAAAUGGCUCUGGAGCAGCUCCCUCUGGAAAACCAACAAAACAGCCUCCUCAAUCUGCAGCUGGUCCUCCUGGUGUGGGAAUGUACGGUGGUCCAACAAUGGGACAGCCAGUGGGCGGUCCACUUGUCUCAGCUGUUGGCACCCCUGUCAGUCUCCCUGCUCCCGCUCAUAUGGCAUAUGGAGUCCGAGCUCCAGUGCCCGGCACAGUGGUUCCCGGUGCACCCGUAAACAUGGGCCCAAUGACAUAUCCAAUGCCUCCCACAUCUGCUCAUAGGUAAUAUACAAAUUAUUGGAUGCUGGGAAUGCCAUUUUGUUUUUUCUCAAUCUUUCAAUUAUCUUCUCUAAUUGGCAAUGGAAAUAAAGCCAUAAUGGAGGAAAAUUUACAAGUUUCUGUAUAGGCAGUAGGAAGUUAAGGAACAAAAAAAAUGGUAAGCAGUUAUGAAUGAAUAGGACAUCCUCUGUUAGAUCUCUCUCUCUUUUUCUUUCUUUGGGUUGAAAAACUUUCAAUUCCCAUUAUUUGUGAUAGAGAUAGAACUAGAACUCUUUUUUUUUUUUUUUCUUUCUUUUUCUUGCAAAAAUUUGAAGUAAUGUCCAUAAAGUUUCAGAUUUAAAAAUAUUUUAUUACAAAGAAGAAUCAAUGUUUGGAUCUUGUAAUCUUGUAUUCCAGUUGUUUAUUGCUGUUUCCAAACAGUGCCUGAGUAAUAAUAAUGAAGAGGUGGGCUGUUAUAUCAA